UUGGAGAUGUUGAGCUGGCUCCUUCCCCCCAUGUCCCUGCACACACACAGGGGCGGGUGGUGCGGGCGGGAGCGGGAGGCAGGGCUCAGCCCCGGCGGAGGUGGAGGUGGCGGGGCUCCCCCCACUCGCUGCCUUCCCGCCGCCGUGCCCGAGCCGCUGCUGCUGCUGGGCUGCUGCCUGCGGCCGCAGGACCCGGCCGAGCCGGGCCGAGGGGAGCGCGGGCGGCUGCUGGCGGCGGCCGAGAUGAUGGCGGAGGGCGGCGGCGGGCCGGCGCGGAGGAAGGCGCUGUCGCUGCUGGAGGCGGCCCGCUCCCGCUACGAGAGCCUGCAGAUCUCCGACGACGUCUUCGGGGAGUCGGGCCAGGACAGCAGCGGGAACCCCUUCUACAGCACCUCGGCCGACUCUCGCUCCGCCGCCUCUUCCCAGGACGAGGAGGACGACGAGGAGGACGAGGGGCGCCCGGAGGGGCCGGGCCCGCGGGGCAGGGCGGCACGGCACCGCUCCCCCAGGGCGGCGGCCACCCCGGCGGAGCGGCGGCGGCAGCGGCAGGUCGGCGGCGGCGGCGGCAGCGCCGUCCCGGGCGGCCCCGGCCCUAUGGAGGAGGAGGAGGAGGAGGAAGCGGAGAAGGGGGGCUGGACCCGGUCGCUGCGAGACGUCCCACCCCCUCACUUCAAGGAUGCUAGCGGUCCAACACGAAAAAUGCCCCUGACUGCCAGUGCCAUGGACUUUUUUCAACUCUUUGUCCCUGACAACGUACUAAAGAAUAUGGUAGUCCAAACCAACAUGUAUGCCAAGAAGUACCAGGAGAGGUUCGGUAGUGACGAUGCCUGGAUUGACGUCACCUUGGCAGAAAUGAAGGCCUUCUUAGGCUACAUGAUAUCAACCAGCAUCCACCACUGUGAGUCCGUUCUCAGCAUCUGGAGCAGUGGCUUCUACAGCAACAAGAGCAUUGCACUUAUCAUGACACAGUCACGGUUUGAGAAGAUCCUGAAGUACUUCCACAUUGUGGCCUUCCGCUCAAGCCAGACAACACAUGGCCUCUACAAAAUCCAGCCUUUUCUGGACUCUCUACAGAAUGGCUUUGACUCUGCUUUUAGACCUUCGCAAGCCCAGGUACUACAUGAGCCCCUGAUUGAUGAGGAUCCCGUUUUCAUUGCCACGUGCACGGAGAGAGAGCUGCGCAAGAGGAAAAAGAGGAAAUUCAGUCUCUGGGUUCGGCAGUGCUCAUCCACCGGUUUCAUCUGCCAGAUUUAUGUCCAUCUCAAAGAAGGGAGUGGUGCUGAUGGGCUGGAUGCUUUGAAGAACAAACCGCAGCUCCACAGUAUGGUGGCCAAAAGCCUUUGUCAGAACGCCUCUGGGAAGAACUACAUCAUCUUCACUGGCCCGAGCAUUACCAGCCUGAAUCUCUUUGAAGAAUUUGAGAAGCAAGAGAUUUACUGCUGUGGGUUGCUGAGCGCCAGGAAGAGUGACUGCACAGGCCUACCUCCAUCCAUGCUGAACAACCCUGAAACUCCCCAGUCCAGAGGACAGUACAGAAUAAGAAUGAAGGGAAACAUGUCCUUGAUCUGCUGGUACAAUAAAGGACACUUCCGUUUUCUGACCAACGCCUAUUCACCGGUUCAACAAGGAGUUAUAAUUAAGAGAAAAAGCGGAGAAAUUCCAUGCCCGUUGGCGGUUGAAGCAUUUGCUGCUCACCUUAGCUAUAUCUGCAAAUACGAUGACAAAUACAGCAAGUAUUUCAUUUCUCACAAACCAAACAAGACCUGGCAACAAGUAUUCUGGUUUGCCAUCAGCAUCGCUAUAAACAAUGCCUACAUCCUCUACAAAAUGUCAGAGGCCUACCACGUGACGAGGUAUAGCCGCGCACAGUUUGGUGAAAGACUUGUAAAGGAGCUCCUGGGCUUGGAAGACACCUCACCCUCCCAUUGAUGCAUUGUUCUUGGUGGCGUAGGCGGGGGUGGAGGGUAAGCAGAAGAAGAAGAUACCACACCUGGAACGGCAAAGCAAGGAACUUGUGAUACCACCAGUGCUGUCCUUAUCCAAAAAUGCCAAGUGAUGCCACUAGAGAGGUGGAAACUUUAUUCCUAGUAGCAGCUGGAGGUAAACAUGGCCUGCAGACAGUGCCGCUGGAAAAGCUGACGCAAAAUUGCAUAUGUGAAUGCCCUGUGGGAAUCUGUACGCCAGAAACAGACUUAAAUUAGUCAUCAUCUCAAUACUAUUCGUUGAGCAGGGUCAUCUUGUAAAGUUCCUCUUGGGGUAAGAGCUUGUCGUAAGCUGACACAGCUCAGCAGUCCUAGGCAGGCGUUACAGAAAAGGCUGUACCUUACUGGGAGUUAUUCAGUUCUGGGACGAGCCAUGUAAGCCUGCGCCAUGGGCUGUGCUGAGAGUGCCUGCCAUCCCGUAAAGCAUCGCUGCUGUCCUCCCAGAAUGAAGCAGUUCAGAUACACAAACACCGAAGCAAGCGUAUUGAGAAAACCUUCGCAGGCAGCCAGGAGCUGAGGUCCAGUAAAGACUUUUUCUUUCUGCCUUUUUUUUUUUUCCCCUUUGUUUUCAUUAAUGUAAUGUAAGGCAAUUUGAUCCCAGUUAGAACACAGCAAAAUUAGGAGAAACCAAAUAUAUUAGUGAAUUUAAAACAGAAAUAAAUUACGUUGAUUUUCUUUCUUAACCAGGAUGAAACAUUUUAUACACAAAUACACACUGAGUAAUACUGGAAGCAUUAACAGUGAGUAAACCAGUAAUAAUACUGCCUCGCAUCUUAACUGCCACGGUCAGUGUACAGGUGAGAAAUCAGUAUAACAAUUAUCUUUUUUCUUGAUUUCAACUGUAUCUUAAAUGUUGCUUAAAAAUCUAAUGUAAUGGACUGUUAAGUUUUUAGGAACAACAAUUUCUUUCUUUUCCUUUUGUAUCUGUCAAGACUUUUUUGGUCCAUUUUAGAAUUUCAUUUGGCACACAGUUGUCAGGAGAAAAAUAAGUCACUAAUAGCAGCAUGUUUCCCAUUAUCACUGCGGGGUGUUCUGUAGGAAUUCUUCUUGUUCGAAUUCAGGGCUUGUCACAGUAGUUGUAAUUAAGCAGAUUAAAUGUUUAGCAAAAUAACGUAGCAUUGUGUUUUACAAAAAGAAGGAAGUCCAUCUGCAACCAGACCUUAAACCUCACUCAAACAGAGCAAGCCCAAAGAGUUCUGCUCUGAUGACCACUGUAGAGGACAAGCAUCGUCGUGAGCUGGUGCCCAUGGCUGAAAUGCCACGUUUUGGUGCUGGUGGAACCUGAAGGUUUGGAAAACUGCCGAGAGAGAGGUAUGACUGAAACGGGAGAACUGCUACUCAGAUGAAAUACGACCCUGCCCUCUACACAUUAUUGAUUUCAGUCCACAACUCAAUCAGCAAAAAAAUACGUAUUCUAAAGUUUAGUAGUGAUGGACACAAACAGAAUUGCAUCAACUUACAGGACAGAAACCAUGUUGCUUAGAGGACCAGCUGCUUUUAGGUUCCCAAGCCUGAAAAGUUUUCCUGAAGCAUGACUUGGGUUUAUUCAAGAGGAAUGGAGUGAGUGAGUGAUCAAUCAGCGUACACCUCACCAGGUUGUACGUAUCUACCUGGCAAGAGGCAAUAGAGGGUAACCAACAUGAAUUAGAGAACUCCCCAGAUGUCAUUGUUUUGUGAUGUGCAGGUGUAUAGCAUGUAAGUCAUAACAGAGGAAGAAUCUAGCAGGGGUUAGUAAAUGACUGACUAGCCCGAAGAGCAUCCUUGCACUGACAUCGUUCUAUUUCCACCAAAGCCGCCUUCUUUUCUUUUUUUUUUUUUUGAGUAGACUUAGAGGCAGAUCUCACCCGGUUGCAGGGAGAGUAAGGGGAUGGCCAACUCCAUGGUGGUUCUGCUUGCAAUACAGCCUGCAGGCUGUCCCACACGUCCUGCUCUGCCUGCCAGCUAGCUGCCCAAUGUACCGCCGUGGGUUUCCUAAGCAUCCCUUUUCACUUAGUGCACAAGGUCUCCACUUAGGAAAUGCCUGAGAAAGGACAAAACCUUGCACAUUGAGGCCUUCCUAGUCUUAGAAGGAAGGCGGGGAUUUGUACCACUCUAGUCCUUGGCAGUGCCAAGCUCCGUAGGAGCCCGAGGCUGAGUUCAAAACUUGUCCCUGCAGAGAACUGAGACCGCCCCUCUUCAGACUGAGUGUGUGCGGGAGCUUGUUCUUGCUAGUUUUCGAAGUAUUCAGAAGGGGAGAGGAGCUGGCAUGAAAAGCAAAUGUUCAGCAAUAUAAGCCCAUGGGUUCCAUAUUUGUUUUUUAGGAAACUCCACAGAGGUACCUGAAGGCAAAUGGUGUUCUCAGUAUUAGCUCCCCGUGUCAGACAAUGCCAGGCUGAUAAAUUUAUGUGGCUGGAACUUUGCAGCUUGAAUGAACAGUAGCUCCUGUGGGGUCCAGCUUCCGUGCAUGCAUUCCCCGGCAAUGCCAGAGCAUUUGCAAGAUGCACAUGCCCCCAGCAGACAUGAAGAGGUUUGCAGGACCUCCUAGGAGCCACUUGGCACUUCUGAGGAGCGAGUACAGCACUCUCCAGCUAUGUCAUCGCCCCCUGAGAUGGAUCUGGAGCCCGUGGCCAAUUGUUACAUUACUAUAUAUGCUUAAAGGCUUGGAUCUAGGCCAUCUUGCACAGAAAAAUGCCGCCUUUUUCUUUUUCAGGUGACAGUAGGUCCAAGGCCUUGCAAUGUUUAAUUUUCCACUAACAUGUGCUGUUAGUUAUGUGGAUUACUUGAGCUAAAAUCAUGAGGUCCUAGCUUUUUGCCUCAGGGACUGAGUCCUGAGUAGUUUUCCCUAGAAUUGGUGUUAACGGGGGAUUACACAGUGGCUGACUCUUACAGGGAAGAUGCUUUAGUCUCCUUUGUAAAGGAGAAAAAUGAAGACAAAAUUAUAGCUUUGCAAUGAAUUUCAUUUUCUUAGCCUUAACCAUCCCUCAUCAUUUUGAACUGGUGCCCUAAACAUGCACAAACAUUCCAUAAAUAAGAUAUUUAUAUAUAUUUAUAUGUACAAAAUGCCUGAAUUCUGGCUUUUGAAGCCGAGAAGCGAAGUCACCAAAGCAUAGUCUAUAGCCACAGAUUCCACCUCACCUUCUCCAUUUAUUGACUAGGAGUCGAUAGGGUUGGGGAAAAGUUGGGGAAAAUUAAGAUUUCUUCUUGUUGAAAAAGCAUCUUGCACUUUCUUUAUGUUACUACAAAUGAGGCAAAAUAAUUAAGGAAGAAACGGAAUCAUUUUGUAAAUGGCAGAGGUUUGUUAACUGCAGCUCAGCUUCUGUAGCAUUUCCUUUGCUGCAAACUGGCGGCCUCAGCUUUGGUUCCCCACCUGCCUGUAACGUUAAAGCUUCUCCCUAGUUAAAGGAACAAAAAGGGGUUAGUUUCAAAGUAGUGCGAGGACGGUAGUUAUAGUGUGCGCGUGCGCAUUAAUUGAGCAACGGCUUGUGAAACUACGUAAGUUUGGGUUGUUUUGGGGUUGGUUUUUUUUUUGGUAGCUUUGAGACAAUCUGGGUAAGAGAUCUUAAAGCUCAGAAGUAGUUAAAAUGCAGUGGAAAUGCCAGCAGGGUGUCUCAGUUUUUCCCAGGAAAAAGAAAGUUUGAAGCUAAAGUACACAAGGGAGCAGAAGGGCUCAUUUCUUUCCUGCUGCGUUGAAUUUUCAUUCACACAUACUUCUGAAAAGUGAAAAUGACCCAUUUAUGGCACGCAAACUCUCGUUUCAAAGAACUAAGACCAUCAGCAAGACAUACUGACCACCUUCUACGCACAGUUUGUCUUUCAAGAAAUGUCUGUCCUGCCGCGAUCCAUUCUUGGAAAACAUUUCCCAGCAUCUAAUAUAACACUCCCUAGAGCUCAGAAGCCACUGUGAAAUGGCUUCCACUGCGGUUGUCUCGGUUGAAAAAUGUUUCAAGGGCUUGCAGAAACUCUGCUGCUUUUUACUUCAUCCCAUUCACGUACUUGACACCAGGGCACAAUUUAAGGAAAUCUCAUCUCUGUUUUCCAUUCCUAUUCACUAGCCCCAGCCCUUCUGCAUUUAACAGGUAGUCCAAGAAUCCCAAUUUAUAGAUGUUUCAGUGUCCCUAAUAGGAACAACUCAGUUUUCUUCAGACACCUCCUAGAGAAAAAUUAAUUUAGCUGUUUCCAGACUGACGUUAAGGACAGCAACGCAAAACAGCGUUCCCAUGUUUUUACCUUCAGCUAUGCUUAUGUGGCUUGCUUUUUUUUUUUUGGCUGAAGAGGUUUUUUACUUGUAACAUUUAUUUAGUAGCCUGUCUUGAGCUGGUGAGUAGUGCAAGAAGCCUCCAAUAGCGCAGUCUUACAUGUCUUAGUCCUGGAGCUGAUUUAGUGACGAGGGGGGGGAUUCUGCUGCACUGACAGUUCUGCACCUCUGCGCUACUUUCCACGCAAGGAUUGAAAAGUGCUUCAACAACCUCACCCCUCAUGAGACAGCAUUAGCUCCUCAAACAGGAGCUUCCCCUUCCCCAGUCAGACACCGAGGCACAGCCCAGGUAAGCGGCUGAUGAAACUGUAAAGUGGAUUUUGUGCUCCCGCUGAUUAAGUCCAUGUUCUGCAUUUUCAGUGACUUGGUUCUUGUUCAAAUGCACGUUCCAAACUAGAAGUGAAAGCACGCAGAACAUCGUCCCACCCUGAAGUAAGGGCUGUGGGACUUUGUCAGCACAGGUUCCUUGCUCCGUAUAGACCGGUAGGAGUCAAAACCAAGCUGCACUGAAGGUAAGAGAAAACUGGAUGAAACAGAGCAGCCCAGCCUGCGUAGAGGAGAUACAUGGAGAAUCUGAAGCUCUGCUGUAGGCCAGUAAUCAACGUGAGAUUCAGACAAAUAAUUACUAAGACUGACUUGAGAAAAGUCACCGAGGCUUAGAUGGAAUAUGAAGUCUUCCAUCCAUCUCUGUUGUGGAGUUUGCCAUGGCGCUUGCUUGUUGCUAGGACUGGUGUGAGAUUAGUUGUUUGUACGAGAGCUCAUCUCAAUCUGGUUGAGAAAAACGUUCAAGUGUCAAAGGGCUGUUAGCAACGUUUCACAAAGGCAAGGGACUCUAAGCCCAACACAUGGAUGUGUUUGGCCUGUUGUUAACUAGGAUAUUUUACACAGACAGAUCCCGUCAUCAUCUGCUCAAAUGCAGGCCUAUCAUCAGUGCUACUUGAUAUAUAUUCCUUCUUGUCAUGGUUCUUCCCAAACCUACCUUUGUUUCCAGAGCAUUAUGAACUGGAAAAGCCCCCACGUCAUCAUCUCGCUGUUGGGGAGCAGUUGAGCAUAUCUGUGCUUUGUACAAAAAGGGUCUCUUCCUCUUCUUUCGAGAGACAGCUCUGUGUCUUCAGAAGUCUAGCCCUGGAGAAGUUCCCGGCCCUACGCUUUCCUUCGCUUCCCUCAUUCCAUGGAUUUAGAGCACAUCCAAAUCAUCCUGCAGGUUCUUGGUCAGUCUGGAAGGGGUGACAGCACAGAGUUGGCCUUUCAGUUCACUUCUAUAGUGUUACUUUGCUGAUCCUUUCUGCUAUUUUGCAAAAACUCAGAUGAAACAGGGUAUUGUUUCUGAAGCCUAUACAAACUGCAAUCACUGUGAAGGUGUUGCCCGCUUUGCCCCAUUAGUGCUGCCCCGUGAGGGUCGUAUGGACCCAAAACAGGUAUCAGCAUCACCUCGCCCGCUGCUCCCAUUGGAACGGCUGUAAUAUUCCUCAGCUGUGGAUUGCUGUCAGAGAGGGGCCUUUGACAUGGUCUGGGGGGGGGGGUGAGGGGGGUG